AUGUCUUUUCCACAAUCUUCGUCAUCAUCCUUCAAAUCCAAAUGGUCGUAUUUCAUGACUCGAUUCAAUCCGGACGAACACCAACAACAACAACAACAGCAACUACCACCCUAUGAUGAACAAUUACCACCCAACGUGAGCACAAGCCGUCGACCGUCACAUGUCAGCAGUUGCUGUUCAACGAUUGCUGAAGAUACGUUUUGGAGCGAUAGCAUGUCGACGAUAUCUGAGCGAUCCAACAAGUACAACAACAGCAAAAGAAAAGACGGUAACAGCAAUGAUUCAUCGUCACGACCACCUCGACGAAAGCGCCAUUUGCUUCACUUGUUCCGUCGACGAGGAUCUGGCGCGUCGACGUCUUCAUCGUGUUCGUCCCUUGCAGGCAUGGACGAUACAGACUAUUUUGAGAAGGAAACACAGCGGCUACAGAGUCUCUAUGAGCUUGCUCUAGAUGAGAUCAACUAUGCCGAGGAUUCCAGGGGCUCGCCCUAUUACGUAGGCGAUCGAGUGACGGCGCGUGAAGCAAUCGAUGGAUGCGCUAUUGCUUUUAUGCAGCUUCAACAACAGACAACCGAUUCUUCAUUACAAUCGUUACUCCAAUCAACGAUGGCACCACGGUUGAUUGAACUGCAAUCCAAGUUUGACGCCUUACCUUUGGAGCAAAAAUAG